CCGGCCAUGGGCUUCGACCUGGACCGCUUCCCCGAGGCGGUGGACCCGGACCUGAAGUGCAAGCUGUGCGGCCAGGUGCUGGAGGAGCCGCUGGCCACCCCCUGCGGCCACGUCUUCUGCGCCGGCUGCCUGCUGCCCUGGGCGGCGCGGGAGGGCCUGUGCCCGCUCCGCUGCCGCCCCAUCGCGCCCGCCCAGCUGCACCGGGUGCUGCCCCUCCGCAGCCUCGUCCGCAAGCUGCGGGUCAAGUGCGACUACAGCGGGCGGGGCUGCGGGCGGACCGUGCGGCUGCGGGAGCUGGCCGCCCACGUCCGCCGCUGCGCCUUCCGGGGCCGCCGCCGCCGCCGCCGCCGCCGCCGGGAGCGCCAGGCCGGAGGGCUGCCCGGAGGCGGCGCGGCGGGAGGAGCGGGAGGAGCGGGAGGAGGAGGAGCAGGAGGAGGAGGAGGAGGAGGAAGGCCGGCCGCCCUGGCCUGGAGCCGGCGGGAGCGCUGGCUGCUGGCGCAGCUGUGGGCGCUGCAGAGCGAGGUGCGGCUCACCGCCCUCACCUACCGGGAGAGGUUCAACCUGUCCGUGGCCCGCGUCCGCACCGUGGCCGGGAACCUGGCCGCCGCCCGGCCCACGGGAGGAGACUCCAAGCUACUAACCAUUGUGCUACAAAGAGAAAAUGACACUUUGGGAUUCAACAUUAUAGGAGGACGACCAAAUCAGGAGGAAUCUUCAGCUGAAGGCAUUUAUGUUUCCAAGAUUUUGGCGAAUGGACCUGCUGAUAAAACCGACGGCCUAGAAAUCCACGACAGGAUCAUUGAGGUCAAUGGGAAGGAUCUGUCCAAGGCCACCCAUGAAGAGGCAGUGGAAGCUUUUCGUAAUGCCAAGGAGCCCAUUGUAGUUCAGGUUUUACGGAGAACACCAAACAGCAAAACAACAACAACCCAUCCCAGCCCCCAGGAUGUUCAGCUCAUGGAUGCCAGCACCCAGACGGACAUCACCUUUGAACACAUCAUGGCGCUGGCAAAGCUUAGACCGUCCACCCCUCCCGUUCCUGACAUCUGUCCAUUCCUUCUCUCGGACAGCUGCCAUUCUCUUCAUCCAAUGGAACAUGAAUUUUAUGAAGGGAACGAAUACCUAUCCAGCCUGCCUGCCGAUGCAGAUAGAACAGAAGACUUUGAGUAUGAGGAGGUUGAGCUGUGUCGUGUUAGUAGUCAAGAGAAGCUGGGGCUGACUGUCUGUUAUAGAACAGAUGAUGAGGAAGACACUGGAAUUUAUGUGAGCGAGGUUGAUCCAAAUAGCAUCGCGGCCAAAGACGGUAGAAUCCGAGAGGGAGACCGUAUCUUGCAAAUAAAUGGGGAAGACGUCCAAAACCGGGAGGAAGCGGUGGCCCUGUUGUCCAGCGAUGAAUGCAAGAAAAUUGUGCUACUGGUGGCAAGACCCGAGAUGCAGGUGGAUGAAGGAUGGCUGGAUGAUGAAAGAAAUGAAUUCUUAGAGGAGUUAAACUUAGAAAUGCUGGAAGAACAGCAUAAUGAAGCGAUGCAGUACACAGCCAAUGAGGUGGAGCAGCCCAAGAAGCACGAGGAGGAGGAUGGCACCACCGACACGGCAACCUCUUCGUCCAAUAACCACGAGAAGGACAGCGGGGUGGGGCGGACCGAUGAGAGCCUGCGCAAUGAGGAGAGCUCGGAGCAGGAGAAUGCCGCCGAGGAGCGGAAUGGCCCGUCACUGAAGAGCAAGCGCGAGCUGGGCCAGAGCCAGGACACGCUAGGGAGCACCGAGCUCCAGUGCAACGAGAGCCUGGUGUCCGGAGAAUACGUCGACUCGGAUGGGCUCGGGAACCAGGAUGAAGAGUGCGAGAGGUUCCGACAGCUGUUGGAGCUCAAGUGCAAGAUCCGAAAUCACGGUGAGUACGAUCUGUACUACUCGAGCAGCACCAUCGAGUGCAACAGAGACGGCGACCAAGAGGGGGUGGAGCACGAGCUCCAGCUUCUGAAUGAGGAGCUGAGGAGCAUUGAACUGGAGUGCCAGAGUAUCAUGCGAGCUCACAGGCUUCAGAAAGUCAGAGACCAAUACGGAGACCUCUGGGCGCUGCCCGACGCAGGGUUCCGAAACUAUAACACCAGCGUGGACGGGCAGAGGGGCAAACUCGACGACAUCCUCGAGCACCCAGAGAAAUCCGACAAAGACAGCUCCAGCGCGUAUAACACGGCCGAGAGCUGCAGGAGCACGCCGCUGACUGUGGACCGCUCCCCCGACAGCUCUCUUCAGAGGACGAUCAGCCUCACCAACCGGAAAAACCUGAGGAGCACCAUUGCGGCCCACCAGUUGGCCUCUGGGCUGGCUGGCCGGGAGGCCACCUCGAGCCCGACCCCGGAGGCCGCCGAGCAUGUGGAUCCUACCGAAGACCGGGAGGGGGUUCCCGAGAGUGGCCGAGGUUCAGACCGGGAGCAGGCCCAGCCGGAGCACAUCCCUUACCUCUCCCCGUAUCACGGCUCGACCUCCAGGUACGCCCAUAUCCCUGCCCACGCCCGGCAUUAUCAGAGCUACAUGCAGCUCAUCCAGCAGAAAUCGGCCGUGGAAUAUGCUCAGAGCCAGCUCAGCCUGGUGAGCAUGUGCAAAGACGCCCAGAGAGGUCCCGAGCCCAAGAUGGAAUGGAAAGUGAAGAUCCGGAGCGACGGGACCCGCUACAUCACCAAGAGGCCCGUGCGUGACCGCAUCCUAAAGGAGCGUGCCUUAAAGAUCAAAGAGGAGCGCAGCGGCAUGACCACGGAUGACGACACCGUGAGCGAGCUGAAGAUGGGUCGCUAUUGGAGCCGAGAGGAGCGGAAGCAGCACCUGGUUAGGGCCAAGGAGCAGCGGAGGAGACGGGAGUUCAUGGCCCGCAGCCGGCUCGAGUGCCUCAAGGAGAGCCCCCAGAGCGGCAGCGAGGUCAACAUCAUCGAACUCAGCCACAAGAAGAUGAUGAAAAAGAGGAACAAGAAAAUCCUGGACAACUGGAUGACAAUCCAAGAACUCAUGACCCACGGCGCCAAGUCUCCCGACGGCACCAGAGUCCACAACGCCUUUUUGUCGGUUACUACUGUAUGAACGCGACCUUCGCCCGCAGGGUGCUACCGCUUUGGGUAGAGUAAGAUUGCCUCGUUCAAUGUGGCAUUUUUAUAUAUAUUUUGUGACUGUUUAUAGUUUGCCCUUUUUGGUAAGCGAAACAACUCGGUAAUUUUUCAUUUGUUUUGCAUAUACCGGUACCUUCUUUUAACCUGAGAUCUUUCUUUAUUCUGUGAUAUAUUCAUAUUACACCUUUGUAAAAAAAGAAAAAAAAGAAAGAAAAGAAAACCUUCUUUCAAAACAGAGAAUCAAAAUAAGGAUGUGGAGGAGCCAAUUAAUUUCCUACAGCUUAAUGUAUCUAUUGUAAGUUAAGAUCAGGAUUUAUUUCUCUAGUUUCUUUUUUUCUACUCUAGUAGCAGUUCGAUGCCAAACGUUUCUAUGCUUGCUUCCUGGCAUUCCAAGCAGUUAAACUUGUAUGUAUUAUAUCAUAUCUGUUAAUAAAUCACAUGCCAUAUCUUGUCUUGUCUUACAGAUCGGCACACCUUUUCUUUUUUUUCCCACAUCCCAUUGUACAUUUAACCUAUAAAUCGCAACUGUAUUGGUACAAGUAAAGUGUAGGUGGACAACUCCCCUGUGAAAUAGAGUGGCAUUGGUCAUGUAGCUAGAUAAUGUGGUAAUUGUGGAGAUGAAAGAGAAAUAAAUUAUUGCUUAUCUUUAA